CAGCAGCGGUAUCUGGCUUCCUGUACGUGAAGCAGAGCUGUACAUGUGGCUUUCUCUUGUACAGACCGGCGUGAAUUUACAGCGUUACUUUCCCUUAGGGGCGUCUCACUGGACUAACAGGGCUUCUAGGUUAAGUGGAAGAAGGCGUAUGUGUGUAUGUGCGUAUGUGUAAGGGAAACCUGAGUGUAGCCAUUACUGCUCUGCUCUCACGUGGCUCCAUCCUCGACCUGGAAGUAGCCAUCUCUCCUCUCCUCUCCUCUCCUCUUCUCUCCUCUCGUCAGAAGGGGAAUCGGGGCUAUCUCGAUCACAUUUGAUCUAGGCGUCUUUCCUGUAGCAGGGCUUCAGUUGAUGUGAACAUGUCGACCACAAUGGCAUCUCUGAUCCUGGAGGAUGGGAGCACGUUUAAAGGCCGCCUUUUUGGAGCCAAUAUUUCAGUAUCUGGUGAAGUUGUUUUCCAGACAGGAAUGGUGGGCUAUCCGGAGGCUUUGACUGACCCCUCAUAUAAAGCUCAGAUACUUACUUUAACAUACCCACUGAUUGGGAAUUAUGGUGUACCCAAUGAUGCCAGUGGUGAAUUCGACUUGAGCAAGUGGUUUGAAUCCGCGAGGAUCCAUGCAGCUGCUCUUAUAGUCGGGGAAGUGUCUCAGAAUCCCAGCCACUGGAGCUCAAACAAGUCUCUAGACACGUGGCUGAGAGAGCAGGGGAUCCCUGGGCUAGAGGGAGUUGACACACGUGCCUUGACCAAAAAGAUCCGGGAGAAAGGAACCAUGCUUGGGAAACUUGUAGUGGAGGGAACCUCAGCUGACAGCGUCCCGUUUGACAAUCCUGAUACACGGAACCUGGUCAAAGAAGUUUCUCUAAAAGAACCCAGGGUUUUCAAUGCAGAUGGUAGUGUAAGGAUCCUUGUGUUGGACUGUGGCAUUAAGUACAAUCAGAUCCGGUGCUUGUGUGAGAGAGGUGCACAGGUGACAGUAGUGCCAUGGGAUUACCCUCUGAAUGCUGAUGAUUUCGAUGGCCUGUUUAUCAGUAACGGACCCGGUGACCCUAACUAUUGCCAGGAGGCUAUAGAAAACCUCAAGAAGAUUGUGUGUGUGGAAAACCCCAAACCUGUGUUUGGAAUUUGCUUGGGUCAUCAGUUGCUGUCACUGGUUAUUGGAGCGAAAACAUACAAAAUGAAAUACGGGAAUCGUGGACAUAACCAGCCUUGCAUCCAUAAAGAUACAGAGCGUUGCUUCAUCACAUCUCAGAACCAUGGAUUUGCAGUGGAUCCUAAGACCCUCCCAAACGACUGGGAUGUUCUCUUCACCAAUGCUAAUGAUCACACCAAUGAAGGCAUUGUGCACAACUCCAAACCUCUGUUCAGUGUACAGUUCCAUCCUGAGCACAUGGCUGGACCUACUGACUUGGUGAGUCUUUUCGAUGUUUUCCUGGAGCUCAUCCGAGAUGCCAAAGAGGGCAAAGCCGGCAAGACAGUGAAGGAAAGGCUGACUGAGCAUCUUACCUUCCCUGGAUCUCCGAAGCCAGAGGACUUUGUUCGUCCUCGCAAAGUGCUCAUUCUGGGCUCUGGAGGACUGUCUAUAGGACAGGCUGGAGAAUUUGAUUAUUCUGGCUCUCAGGCCAUUAAAGCGCUCAAAGAAGAGAACAUCCAGACUAUUCUCAUCAACCCUAACAUUGCCACGGUGCAGACAUCCAAAGGCCUGGCUGACAAAGUCUACUUCCUUCCUAUUACACCAGAGUAUGUCACACAGGUGAUCAAGAACGAGCGCCCUGAUGGAGUGCUGCUGGCGUUCGGCGGUCAGACAGCUCUAAACUGUGGAGUGGAACUGACUAAGCAGGGCAUUCUGGAGAAGUAUAACGUCAGAGUUUUGGGAACCCCAGUGGCCUCAAUUGAGAUGACUGAGGAUAGGAAGAUCUUUGUGGAGAAGAUGGAGGAGAUUAACGAGCAUGUCGCACCAAGCGAGGCGGCUAUGUCUGUGGAACAGGCAUUAGCUGCUGCUGAGAGACUUGGCUAUCCAGUCCUGAUCCGCUCAGCCUUUGCGCUGGGUGGCCUGGGCUCUGGUUUUGCCAACAGCAAAGAAGAGUUGAUGACUCUGGUUACGCAAGCAUUUGCGCACACGUCUCAAGUCCUGGUGGACAAGUCGCUCAAGGGCUGGAAGGAAAUCGAGUAUGAAAUUGUCCGAGACGCUUACGACAACUGCAUCACGGUAUGUAACAUGGAGAACAUCGACCCGCUUGGAAUCCACACCGGCGAGUCUAUAGUCGUGGCUCCUAGCCAGACCCUGAACGAUUACGAGUACAACAUGCUGAGGAGCACCUCCAUCAAGGUCAUCCGGCACCUGGGGAUCGUCGGCGAGUGCAACAUCCAGUACGCCGUCAACCCAGAAUCUGAGCAAUACUACAUCAUCGAGGUGAACGCCCGUCUCUCGCGGAGCUCGGCUCUGGCUAGUAAGGCCACAGGAUACCCGCUGGCCUAUGUCGCAGCCAAGCUUGGUCUAGGAAUCCCCCUCCCUGUCCUCAAAAACUCAGUGACGAACUCCACAACUGCAAACUUUGAGCCAAGUCUUGACUACUGUGUGGUGAAGAUCCCUCGCUGGGACUUGAGCAAGUUCCUUAGGGUUAGCACUAAAAUCGGCAGCUCCAUGAAGAGUGUCGGAGAGGUGAUGGCCAUCGGGCGAAACUUUGAGGAGGCUUUUCAAAAGGCUCUCAGGAUGGUAGAUGAGAACUGUGUUGGGUUUGAGCAUACCAUCAAACCAGUUUCUGAACAGGAGCUCCAGAUUCCCACAGACAAGCGGAUCUUCGUCCUGGCAGCAGCACUGUACGCCAACUACAGCAUAGAUCGGCUGUACGAACUGACCAAAAUUGAUCGCUGGUUCCUGUACAAAAUGAAAAACAUCAUCGAUCACGCGAAGCUUCUGGAGACGUAUAAUCAGGACGAAAGCACAAUGCCCCCUAUGGUGAUGAGGAGAGCGAAGCAGUUGGGCUUCUCAGACAAGCAGAUCGCUCUGUCUGUGCAAAGUACCGAGUUGGCCGUCAGGAAGCUGAGGCAUGACUGGAAGAUUUUGCCCAUAGUGAAGCAGAUCGACACAGUGGCUGCUGAGUGGCCUGCCCACACCAACUACCUCUACAUGACUUAUCAUGGCAUGGAGAGCGAUGUAACCUUCGGGGAGCCUCACGUCAUGGUGAUCGGUUCUGGUGUGUACCGCAUCGGCAGCAGCGUGGAAUUCGACUGGUGCGCCGUGGGCUGCAUUAAUAAGCUCAGGAAGAUGGGUUACAAAACGAUAAUGGUUAACUACAACCCCGAAACAGUUAGCACAGACUAUGAUAUGUGCGACAGGCUCUAUUUUGAAGAGAUCUCUUUUGAGGUGGUGAUGGACAUUUAUGAGAUGGAGAACCCUGAGGGAGUGAUUCUGUCCAUGGGAGGCCAGCUCCCUAACAACAUCGCCAUGUCUUUGCACAGACAGCAGUGCCGCAUCCUGGGCACCUCGCCUGAGUUUAUCGACUCGGCCGAGAACCGUUUUAAAUUUUCUAGGAUGCUGGACACCAUUGGAAUCAGCCAGCCACGCUGGAAAGAGCUGUCUGAUACAGAGUCAGCCAUGCAGUUUUGUGAGACAGUGGGCUACCCGUGCCUAGUCAGGCCAUCUUACGUGCUCAGCGGAGCUGCCAUGAACGUGGCGUACUCCGAUAGCGACCUGGAGAAGUACCUGAGCAGUGCUGUUGCUGUGUCUAAAGAGCACCCUGUUGUUAUCUCCAAAUUCAUCCAGGAGGCCAAGGAGAUCGACGUGGACGCUGUAGCAUGUGACGGCACGGUCAUCGCCAUCGCCAUCUCCGAGCACGUUGAGAACGCCGGAGUGCAUUCUGGGGAUGCUACGCUGGUUACACCACCGCAGGACAUCAACCAGAAGACCAUGGAGCGCAUUAAAAUGAUUGUUCAUGCCAUCGGUCAGGAGCUCCAAGUCACAGGACCAUUUAACUUGCAGCUUAUAGCGAAGGAUGACCAGUUGAAAGUGAUCGAGUGCAACGUCAGAGUGUCCCGCUCCUUUCCAUUUGUCUCUAAGACACUUGGUGUGGAUCUUGUGGCUUUGGCGACAGAGGUCAUCAUGGGAAAGGAGGUGGAGGCUGUGGGACUCAUGAUGGGGAAAGGCAUUGUGGGAGUCAAGGUCCCACAGUUCUCUUUCUCUCGUCUGGCUGGAGCUGACGUGGUGCUGGGUGUAGAAAUGACCAGCACCGGGGAGGUGGCCUGCUUCGGUGAGAACCGUUAUGAGGCGUACCUGAAGGCCAUGCUCAGCACAGGGUUCAAAAUCCCCAAGAAAAACAUUCUCCUGUCCAUCGGCAGCUACAAGAAUAAAAGUGAGCUGCUGCCUACGAUUCAGGCUUUGGAGAGUCUUGGCUAUAACCUGUAUGCCAGCUUGGGCACUGCUGACUUCUACACCGAACAUGGCAUCAAAGUAAUGGCUGUAGACUGGCCCUUUGAAGAGGAAAAUGAUUACCCCAAUAAGGACAAGCAGAGAAACAUCAUGGACUACCUGGAGGAGAACCACUUCGACAUGGUGAUUAACCUGUCCAUGAGGAACGCGGGCGGCCGGCGUCUGUCCUCUUUUGUCACUAAAGGAUACCGUACACGCCGCAUGGCUGUGGACUACUCUGUACCCCUGAUCAUCGAUAUUAAGUGCACCAAGUUGUUUGUUCAGGCAUUGAGACAGAUCGGACAAGCUCCUCCGAUCAAGACUCACGUCGACAGCAUGACCUCCCAGAAGCUGAUCCGUUUACCUGGUCUUAUUGAUGUGCACGUACACUUGCGGGAACCUGGUGCCACCCACAAGGAAGAUUUCUCCUCGGGCACAGCCGCUGCCCUGGCAGGAGGCAUUACCAUGGUGUGUGCCAUGCCGAACACCAACCCCGCUGUGAUCGACCCCAACUCUCUAGCCAUGGUCCAGAAGCUAGCGAAGGCAGGGUGUCGCUGUGACUACGCUCUGUACGUGGGAGCAGUUUCAGACAACGCCACUAUCCUGCCGUCCAUCGCAAACGCCACAGCUGGUCUAAAGAUGUACUUGAAUGAUACUUUCUCCACGUUAAAAAUGGACAACGUUUCUUUGUGGAUGGAGCAUUUUGAAAAGUGGCCGAAGCACUUACCCAUCGUGGCUCAUGCAGAGAAGCAAACCGUGGCUGCCAUCUUGAUGGUAGCUCAGCUCUACCAGAGACCUGUUCACAUUUGCCAUAUUGCCAGAAAAGAGGAGAUUCUAAUUAUCCGAGCUGCAAAGCAGAAAGGCAUCCAGGUGACGUGUGAAGUAGCGCCUCAUCACCUCUUCCUGUGUGAAGACAACGUGCCCGUUCUAGGGGACGGCAGGGCACAGGUGCGUCCCAUGCUGGGCACCCGAGAGGACAUGGAGGCGCUGUGGGAAAAUCUGGAUAUCAUUGACUGUUUUGCAACCGAUCACGCCCCUCACUCAGUGGAGGAGAAGGACAGUGACAAGCCUCCCCCGGGCUACCCGGGCCUGGAGACAAUGUUGCCGCUGCUGCUCACCGCCGUCAGCGAGGGCCGUCUCACCGUUGAUGACAUCAUCAAACGGCUUUACGAGAACCCAGCGCGGAUUUUCUCUCUUCCUCCUCAGGAGAAUACCUACGUGGAGGUGGAUUUGGAGCAAGAGUGGAUCAUCCCCAAGCACAUGCAGUUCACCAAGUCCAAGUGGACUCCCUUCGAGGGUAUGAGGGUGAAGGGUAAAGUCAUGCGAGUUGUCCUGAGAGGGGAGCUAGCCUACAUUGAUGGACAGGUACUGGUACCUCCUGGUUAUGGUGAGGAUGUGAAGACAAGGCCAGCAGUCCCAAAGCUGCCAUCAGUCCCAGAAAUACCCAAGGAUGUCCCGAAGACUCCUGAACAUCAUAGACAAACGACUCCAGGUGAAACCCUACGCGCUCGGGCUGCGAGUCCACGGAGAUCGGCUGUGGACCGGUUCAUGCUCCCUCCACGAGUCCACCACACUUCGGAUCCCGGUCUGCCACCAGAAUUGUCCACUGUUGCAGAGUCGUGCGCACACCCGCCUCCACUAGCCAGAAUUCUCUCACCACAGACCAGCCAGUCUCCAGCCGUGUCUCACCUCCAGACCUCGCCUCUGCUUCAUCCUUUAGUCGGUCAGCACAUCCUUUCUGCACGCCAGUUUACCAAGGAGCAGAUGUCCCAUUUGUUCAACGUGGCUCACACACUUCGUUUAAUGGUUCAGAAAGAGAGAAGCCUGGACAUCUUGAAGGGGAAGGUUAUGGCCUCCAUGUUCUACGAGGUGAGCACUCGGACCAGCAGCUCAUUCUCCGCGGCGAUGCAGAGGCUCGGCGGCUCCGUCGUGCACUUUUGCGAGUCCACGUCCUCCACGCAGAAGGGCGAGUCCCUGGCCGACUCCGUGCAGACCAUGAGCUGCUACGCCGACGUGAUCGUGCUCCGUCAUCCGGUCCCUGGAGCUGUCGAGACAGCCUCAAAGCAUUGCCGGAGGCCGGUGAUAAACGCCGGCGACGGUGUUGGGGAGCACCCCACUCAGGCCCUGCUGGAUAUCUUUACCAUCCGAGAAGAGCUCGGCACCGUCAACGGCAUGACGAUCACGAUGGUGGGCGAUCUGAAGCAUGGCAGGACCGUGCAUUCCUUAGCCAGACUUCUCACCCAGUAUCGCAUCACCCUGCGCUAUGUGUCCCCAAAAAACCUCAGCAUGCCCCACGAGAUCGUCGACUUUGUUGCAUCCAAAGGCAUAAAGCAGGAGGAGUUCAGCAGUAUUGAAGAGGCCCUUCCUGAUACCGACGUCCUUUACAUAACACGAAUUCAGAAGGAACGGUUCGCCUCCGAGGAGGAAUACAAAGCAUGCUUCGGGAAAUGCAUCUUGACUCCUCACAUCAUGACGGGAGCCAAGAGAAAAAUGGUUGUCAUGCAUCCACUUCCAAGAGUUAACGAAAUCAGUGUGGAAGUGGACACAGACCCUCGUGCUGCUUAUUUCCGUCAGGCUGAGAACGGGAUGUACAUCCGCAUGGCACUCCUAGCCACCCUGCUCGGUCGCUGAAAAGGAUUCAGAGCCGAGUGGACGAAGGAAUCACCUCUAAAAUUAAAGUCCUUCUGGAAGAAAACUCAUUGCUAUAUUAUUAUUGAUUUAGUAGUUAAUAUCACACACACACACACACACACAGUAUCAGAAGCAGCAUACAUCUAAUGACCUACUUACAAAAUUUAAAAAAAUAACAAGUUACCAGAGCUUAGCAACAUGCAUAAGUAAACAGUACAAUAAUAGCACAUCAUUUAUUCUGUAAAAGGGUUGUGAAAGGGUGAUCAUGGGAACAGCUGGUUUCUAUUUUUUGAUAAUAAAACUAAUUUUCAAUAUCA